AUGGAGUUUUCAGAUCGAGAUACACUUUGCCCUUCCCCAAACUUCACAGUAAAAACCCAAUCAAGCACAUCAUCGACAUUCUCGUUAAACGGCUUUAAAAACAGACUAUCAAACAUCUUUCAUUCUUCAUCUGCACCAACUUCGCCAACUGAAGAUAAAAAGUUCAGAAUGUCUAUCUUAUCUUCUCGAUCAACCAAGACUACUACUAGCACCACUCGACGGCUGCGCAAGCAAGCUGUUCGAAACAAGUCGAAUCCAUCUUCACCACGAUCAAAUAAAAGUGGAACUAGCUUGCUUAGCAAGAUCUCUUUCAAGAGACACAUCACUAUCAGGACUACCAGGGUCCGAAGAUUUUCGACUUUCCACCACAAGCCAAGCACUCUUGAUUUCAGAUGCGCAGGUGAUGAAACUAGCAGCAUCAUGAUAUUGGAGCGUGUCAAUAGUGUCAAUAUGAACAGAAUGAUAUUUGGAGCUGUUCAGAAACGACGAAGAGGUGAUCUGACCUACUUGCUCACUGACUGCCCUCCAACGAUUGCCUGGAUCUCCCCAGAUAUUGCUGGUGGUUGGGAUUUCAGUGAAAUCGGAAUUACUAUCAACUAA